GAAAUUAACCUGACAGACUCCUGCGAUCCUCCAAGAUGAAAGUUAAGGCACCAAUAUUCACAUGUGUUCUUCCCCUCAUCAUGGGCUGCCGACGCCCCCUCUUCGUCUCUCUCUUAAAGCACUCGUACCUUGCCUGACGGAUACCUACCCACUUACCUUUGCCCUUGUAUUUGAUGAGGUAGCUUCCAAUUCAUGGCGGGGCAGACCAGGUACCUUCAAGUCCCGUCUGAACGCCAAGCGGGCAGGGUGACUGAGACUAGGCCCUGGCUGUCUCCUUGUGGUGGAAGCCGGGUGGGCUGAAGCAGUGCCGGCAGCCGAUCAUAGCUUUAGUACUUCGCUGUACUUUAGCCGCCAUAGGG